CGAGAGAGAUAGAAACGCUUCAGAGCUGAACUGAGCCUCUGUUUUCACCACAGUGUGCCGUUUCUACAACGGCAAACAGGCAAAGUUAAACAGCACUAUUAAUUAGGCUAAUAUGAAUAUGAUCACUGCCAGGGAAAUUCAAUUCUCUCAGCCCUAAUCACAACUGGAUAGCUUGUAAAAAUUAUUUUGUUAGGCCCUGGUGCAAACAGCGCGGCCUUUUCCAAACAUUUGAGAACUAUUUGUUUUGCAUGGCGAUUAGCGUUUGCCGGUAGCGAGCGAGCGCGCGCGGGAAGCGGCGGAGCAGCGAUAGGCUCCCGCGGGAACGGCUGACUCAGGGCGAGUGUGAGUGAACGCGGGCCGCUGCUGCUGUUGUUUAUGGAGGUCUGUGUGUUUGAGCAGGUGGCGAGGAUUAGCGGUGCUGUCAACACUGAACGCUGGAUAAAGCCUCUGCUCACCCUUUCCUCAGUCUGCUCAUUAGAGCUCAUCAUUUUACCAUUUCACUCUCACACACGUAUCUGAAGAGAUGUAAUACAGUGGCAGCCCUGUCUCCUGUUGUGAAGCAGAUGUUGCCCUCUGCUUUUACCCACCUCUGCACCCUUUAUCCCAUGCCAAGUCCCAAGAAGCAAUGGUGCCAUGCUAAGUGAGGGACACAAUGGAUAUGUAAAAAAAUCCAGCAGAAUACAAGUAUGAAUCUUGGGUAAGGUUUGACAGUGUGUCCUUUCUAAGUCCCACUCUCCAUCAUUUAACCUCCCGGUUGGACAGAAGAACAGAAGAACAGAGGGUGCUGGGAAAGGAGGGGGUUUUUGGUUUCACCUCCACCGCUGAAGACGUUAACAAGCUAGAAGCAGAAAUAAGGCUAAGAAAAGGAGACUAAAGGGGCCGGUGUUCAGCCUUCCAAAUUUUCUCCAACUUGAACCCCCCACAACCAUCUUUAGCAUGAUGUCGUAUCUCAAGCAACCACCUUACACGGUCAACGGGCUAAGUUUAACUACCUCCGGUAUGGACCUUCUGCACCCUUCCGUUGGAUACCCAGCGACUCCUCGAAAGCAGAGGCGGGAAAGGACAACAUUUACUAGAGCGCAACUAGAUGUGCUGGAGGCUUUAUUCGCGAAAACGCGCUACCCGGAUAUUUUCAUGCGAGAGGAGGUGGCCUUGAAAAUCAACUUACCGGAGUCCCGUGUACAGGUUUGGUUCAAAAACCGAAGGGCAAAGUGUCGCCAGCAGCAGCAACAACAACAAAACGGAGGCCAGAACAAGGUGCGACCUGCCAAAAAGAAGAGCUCUCCAGCGCGGGAGGCCAGUUCUGAGAGCGGGGCGAGUGGCCAGUUCACCCCGCCCUCCAGCACUUCAGUCCCGGCCAUCUCCACCACAACCGCGCCGGUGUCCAUUUGGAGCCCGGCCUCAAUCUCCCCGCUGUCAGACCCACUCUCUACCUCCUCCUCCUGCAUGCAGCGAUCCUACCCCAUGACCUAUACUCAAGCGUCUGGAUACAGCCAGGGCUACGCUGGCUCCACAUCCUACUUUGGGGGCAUGGACUGCGGCUCUUACUUGACGCCCAUGCACCAUCAGCUGACCGGGCCAGGAUCCACUUUGAGCCCCAUGAGCAGCAACGCUGUCACCAGUCACCUGAACCAGUCUCCCGCGUCCCUCCCCACGCAAGGUUAUGGUGCCUCGGGGCUCGGCUUCAACUCCACCGCGGAUUGCUUGGAUUAUAAGGACCAAGCGUCCUCGUGGAAACUGAACUUCAAUGCUGACUGCUUGGAUUACAAAGAUCAGACUUCCUCCUGGAAAUUCCAGGUGUUGUGAAACUAACGAAACGUCUGCCAUUCUGUUCAAUCAACACACUAAAAAAGACCAUAAAAUAAACCUUGUAGACCUGCCAUCCUUCCAAAAACAGAAGUGUUCCGUGACACGCGAACUCUCCGAGAUGGAUGGGUUGCAUUGUGCCCGACAGCGCUUUUGAAGUUCGUCUUUGACAUGAAAUAUCUAUUUGAGCUACAUGCACCCCUCGUGGCCUGCAAAGUAGUAUUUGAAGGGUCGCGAAUGCGUAUAAACAUAGGCCAUUUGACCACAACCUGUUGUUUAAGGUACAGGGAAUCAAAGUGAAUUUGUAAUAAGUUAGGUCAAAGCCACGGAACAAAUCCUUACACAAGAAAAGGGGAGAAAAAACUACACGGCAAAAGGAGCCAAUCUUUUGGUUAAGUGCUUGGAAUGGGCAGGCUUUCUCUAAGCCUCUUACAGCACGCCGACCUAUUUCAAUGUUGGCAAGACGAGAGACACUUCCAUCAGGAGGAUGAUAGAGAGGAUGUGUGCGAGUGCGAGUGCGUGUGUACGUGUGCGUGCGAGCGUGUGUGUGCGUGCGCUGAACGCCCCCAUGGCGACCUGGAUGCACUACUUUAUUUAAGAAAAGGUGUUUAUAAGGAAUCAAUAUGUAGUUUUUAAAAGACAAUCAAUGUGUGUCUUAUAUAAAUGGUACAUUUGUGUUUUUUUUUUUAUCUGUGCUAGCCUUCGAAACUGUGAUCUGUUGUAACUGUAUGCAAUUUGUGAGCUCCGUCGCAUCUGCGAAGACUCGGCUGUGAUUUUAAUAGAUUUUUUUUUCUUUAAGGAAACACGACGGUAAAUAAUACUAGUCACAUGAUUACUAUUGGAUUAAUUUCAAGAGACAAACAAUCUCGAAAAUACAGGGACUCGAGAGAAUGUGUAAGAAAGGAACUGUCUGUCCCCGUUCAUUGAUCUCCAUUGGUCAUAACUGAUAUACCACCCACGUGGAUCUUAAACUUGUCUGGAGUGGUAAUGUGGUCCCGCCACAGAAAUAUUAAUAAACAAUUUCAAAUCUGACACCAUAUUUAAAGUUAUUACGUCUGGACGAGUUAUUAAAAUUUAUUAUGAAUUGUAUGUGUGUGCUUGUGUUUUAAUAGGUUAGCUACAAUAGCUUGAAAUGCAAAGGCUAAUACAAAGGUCGGAGAGGCCUUUUUGAGAAGAAUUUAUGAGGAUUUAUGAGAAGAAAGAAAAAAGACGGCUAACCGAACCACCAAAUUUUAAUCGAUUUUCUUGUGCUAAUGAUGAUGUAUCAAGAAACAGAUGGUAAAUGGCGUGUACGUAAAACUAUUUUAUCUGUUUAGUUAUCAGGUGGACGGGUUAUUUAAAAGCGCUCUAAGUGUGAAUUAUUUUUAUUUAGGCCUAUUAACUUCAUCCCAAUUAAAAAAAAAAAAGAAAAGUUUAUAAGUGUAUACCCACAUUAAAUAUUAAAAGCGUGCUCUUGGUUGACUGAUUUACAAGAAAUUGCCCACUUCAACUCAAUAUUGUAUUCCAAUCAUUUUUCAAUAAAAUGUGCGUCAACAAGUGGUUUAUAAAGGGAUAGGCUUUGAUAAGGUACAGGCCCGCUCAGAAACUUAAAUUAAAGGUUAAACAUGAAAAGCACUGGCUUGUAUGCGUCUUGUAAUUUGGCCAUUAAACAUCAGGACACUUAAAGUAAAUGUAUCUUUGGAAUUGCAAGGCGUGAGCAAAUUUUAAUUAUUUCUCAUUUUCCCCGCCGGGUUUCCGGCCCUUUCGUUUUAAGAGACAUGGCACCAGGAAUGUGCGG